AUGAAGAGAGUUAAGAAAUCACGCAAAGCGUUGCAUAUCGCUCCACCGCGUAUGAAAUCGCGUCGAAAAGCUCGUCAAGUGACGACAAAGUUCCAUCGUUUAACGCACGAACUGGAUCGACUCAAGAAGCAAAAUCCCGUGGACGCAGAGCAGCAGCAGCAACGUCAUGACCGCAUUGCAGCAAUUAACAAACAAUUAGAAGAUCUUGGAGGUCGUCAGGCUUAUCAGGACGCCAGUAUUUUAAGCACAAGUUUCCACCGGACGUCCAAGUGGGUCUUUCAGCUCCUCACGAGCUUUGAAAUGCGACCAAAAGCCAAGCAGCAGCCGCUAAAGGUCUUGGAGGUCGGAGCCAUUAAUACGCAGCUACUUUCAUGUCCAUGGCUCGAUGUUCGAGCUAUUGAUCUUCAUUCAAGACACAAACAUAUUGAGCAGUGUGAUUUCUUCAGUCUCAAACCCACGGGAGAGUUCCACGUUGUCGUGUCAAGCAUGGUGCUUAAUUGCGUCCCGGGAGCUGACAAACGUGGCGAAAUGUUGCGGCUGUAUCGGGAGCACUUGAAAAAAGACGGACUGCUGUUUCUCAUGCUGCCAUUGUUGUGUCUACGUCACUCACAGUUCAUGACGUACGCACGAUUCACCAAGAUCCUAAUGGCUGUUGGAUUUCGAGUACGUGAGACUAAAGACUCACCCAAGGUCGCCUUCUUUUGCUUGGAACGGACUGAGACGAUGGACGAGACGGCUUCAUUUCCACAAAAGUUGUUGGUGCCCGGCGAUAAGCGCAACGACUUUAAUGUCGUCAUCUAG